AUGGUGCUUCUUGCACCUUCAAGUGGAGAUCAUUAUGAGCCUAUUGUGCUUACGAAAGCCGAACGUCGUGAGCGAUACAUGCAAAAGACGCGUACCGAGGCUGGGUAUCUGUUUAAAUACCUCAUUUUGACUCAAAUUAUUGUCUAUUUGGAAGCUGGUUCGAUUCCAUGUUUACUUGAUCAACUAAGUGUAUCCCUUCAUCUUGAUGCUACACAACAAGGUGCGCUUGGGGGCGUUGUAUACCUCGCAUUAAGUGCAGCGUCACCACUUUGCGCGUUUUUCCUCCAUCGAUUUAAUCCACGUAUGGUCUUAGGCCUCAGUCUUUUGGGGAAUAGUAUUGCAGUGCUUAUGUUGGCAUUAACCCCGACAGGGUAUACAUUUAGUGCCAAUAUGUUGAUCAUAGCUCGAGCUGCUGUGGGGUUUACACAAGCUUUUCCAUGCAUUUACACACCACUUUGGGUCGAUGAAUAUGCUCCACGUGAAAAAGUUGCAGGCUGGAUGAGUUAUUUACAAGGAAGUGUACCCAUGGGUGUAAUGUUUGGGUACUUUGCAGGCACAGUGAGCAAUUGGGUCGUUCCUGAAACGUUUGCACUCAUUGAAACAUGGCGAUGGCCAUUUCUACUUCAAUUUGUCGCGUUAUUACCUAUGAAUGUUGCAAUUUUCUUUGUACCACAGCGACAUUUGAUCAUUCGAAGUGAUUUGGAUCGAAAUACCGGAGAAAGUGGAAGUUCGGAGAGUGCUAGUGCUAGUUCAUCGGAGAGUUGUACAGAUGAUGUACCCUCGAGGUUAAAAAGUAUGAAUCAAAUUGAGAAUGAAGAAGAUGAAGUUUCUAUUGAUAGUGAAGUGGAGCCGCUUCAUAGUCGUGAGAAUUCUCGAACUGCUCGAAAUCGAACGACGUUUGGUCUGCAAGUUGGUACUCCAAUCAGUACUCGAUCGACAACGUAUCACGACGAAGAAGACGCUUUGCUAGCUAGUGCUAGUAUGUAUGGCGUGAGCAGUCAACGUAGUGUUCGUCAGCUACAUCAGAACCAGCAUCAAUAUCAUUUUGGUCAUUGUGAAGAUGACUCAGGCGCUUCCUCCCUUCGUCGAAGUAUGAUCCGACCCCCGAGCAUACGUGGUUCUUCAUUAUUAGAGAAUGAAGGAGAGACUGGCAAGUCAUCAUUGCCAAGUAAUGUUUCACUCGCUAUAAAUCGAGCUGAGCCUGCUCAUUCAUUACCAGUAUCCAAGACUGUAUCCUCAACGUACGGUGCUUUGGAUACAGCCAUUACGCCCAUAAGAUCGCCACGAUUGAGCCUUUUAGAGGCUUCAAUUCUUGAAGAAGACUUUAUUGAAGUGUACGAACAGGGUGCGUUUUCAGAAGGAGUGUACGAAUUGCUACAUAUUCCCGUCUUCUGUCUGAUUGUCUUUGGCCUCACGACCGUCUACUUUGUCGUCACGGGGGUUCAAUAUUGGAGCACGAUCUUUAUGAUCAAAUCUCUCCAUGCGUCCAAGUAUUUAGUAAAUGGACUCUUUGUCAUCGUGUCAGGAACUGGACCAAUUCUAGGUGUGUUCUACGGUGGCUGGCUCAUUGAUCGAUACGGUGGAUACAUUGGUGUUGAACAGCGUGCCAAAGCCCUUGGACUUUGUAUGAUCCUAGGACUCACUGCUUUUGCUAUCUCUGCAGUGACGACUUUCUUCAAUGACAUUUACGUCACUGCAGGGUUUCUUUGGCUUUUGCUCUUCUUUGGUGGUGCAAUUCUACCAGCUUGCACUGGCAUUUUCAUAUCUGUUGUACCAGCAGAACAUCGCGCUCUUGCCUCGUCAUUUUCUGUCAUGAUUUUUAAUCUGUUUGGCUAUGCCUUGUCUCCGUAUCUCACGGGUUUGAUCAUGGAGUGGGUCAUUUCACAACAAGGACAAACUAAGACGUACUUUGAAUUUUGUGAUGAAGCAUGUGCCUAUCGCAUUGGCUUUCGCUUCUGUCUCUGCUGGUCAGUCUGGUCGGUUCUCUGCAUUGGUUCAGCGUGGCAUCUCGCGUCUCGAGAGGCUAAUGAAGCGCGUCAGGUGCAGCAAUUCUAUGCGGCGCAACGGCUUGAAAAUGAAGAUUGA